AUGGUUGUGCCCGGCGCCGAUGGCACUGAUGUCGUCUACAACAUGGGCGACAUUGGCUUCAGUAAGUGGCUCAACCCUGCCCGGCUGCUAACACCAGUCAUCGUCUGCAUGGCCCUCGUUUGGCUGAUGGUUCCCGGUGUAGGCCUGUUCUACUCUGGGCUUUUGCGACGAAAGAAUGCGCUCUCCAUGAUUCAGCUCGCAAUGCUUGGCGUUGCCGUUGCGUCCUUCCAGUGGUUCUUCUGGGGCUACUCGCUCGCCUUUUCCGAGACUGCCAACGCUUACAUCGGUGACCUCAAGCACUUUGGUUUGAUGAACGUUCUCGAGGCUCCUUCCAUGGGAUCGACUCGCCUUCCCGCCAUUCUAUUCUGCGCCUACCAGUCCUGCUUCGCCAUGAUCACGAUUGGCAUUACGGCCGGUGGCUUCGCCGAGCGCUCCAAGAUUGGGCCCGUCAUGCUCUUCAUGUUCAUCUGGCUCACCAUCGUCUACUGCCCCAUCGCCUGUUGGACCUGGAACGCCAACGGGUGGACCUUCAAGCUGGGCGGCCUGGACUUUGCUGGUGGCAGCCCCGUUCACAUCAGCAGCGGUACCGCUUCGCUCGCCAUUGCUCUCUAUCUGGGUAAACGUCGCGGCUACGGCACUGAGCGUCUCGCCUACAAGCCCCACAACACCACGUUCAUCGUCCUGGGUACCGUAUUCCUUUGGUUUGGUUGGUUUGGCUUCAACGGUGGCUCGGCGCUCUCCGCCAACAUGCGCGCUGUCCAGGCCUGCAUUGUUACCAACCUUGCCGCUUCCGUCGGUGGAAUCACCUGGAUGCUUCUGGACUGGCGCCUUGAUCACAAGCUUUCGGCUGUUGGAUUCUGCUCCGGCGCCAUCUGUGGACUUGUCGGCAUCACUCCCGCCGCUGGUUACGUAGGCUCUCCUGCCGCUGUUGCCAUCGGCGUUGUCACUGCUGUCGGUGCCAACUUUGCGACCAAAAUCAAGUACUUUGUUCGCAUUGACGAAGCCCUCGAUGUGUUUGCGACCCACGGCGUUGGUGGUCUGAUCGGAUGCUGCCUGACUGCGUUGUUCGCCGAUUCGCGCGUAGCCGGAUUUGACGGCAUCACUGCCAUUCCUGGCGGAUGGAUCAACCACAACUACAUCCAGCUCGGUUAUCAGAUCGCCGAUGCCGUCGCUAGCAUGGCUUACUCGUUUGUGAUGACCACGAUCAUUUGCUGGCUUCUUCACUUUAUCCCCUUCUGCCGCCUCAGGUGCGAUGCUGAGGCCGAGAUCGUCGGUAUCGAUGACGCUUUCCUCGGCGAGUGGGCCUACGACUUUGUCGGUGUCGAUCGCGAGCUCGACUUCUCUCAUAUCAUCGAGCGCGAGUGCGCUGAGGCGGCCCGCGAGAAGUCUUUGCGUCACGAGAAGACUGGAGAGGAGGCGACGCGAGUUGAGACCACGGGAGAGGUUGAGGUCAAGCCUACCACGUCCUCCGCGUCGAGUGGUACCGCCGAGGCGAGGUGA